AUGACUAUACAACUAGAUCAACUCGCACCCGAACUGUUAUUCAAAAUAUUCACAUGGCUCGACAGACCUCAAGCAUUUUCAAUCACCUGCCAAAAGCUUCACUACAUUACCAAAGAUCCUCAUGCACGAGCGGAUCACUUCCUCAGAAAGUACGGUCCUAGAUUGGCUAUCUUUUACUCGAUAAAAAACCAUGCUAAGAUAGUCAACAAAGAAACAGCCGAAGCAUUGAUAUCCGCUGGCGCGAUAGUGUCGCGGAAUUUGGCACAACGACUGGUAAAAGACUAUCUCGAACGUCAGCCUAACGAAUAUUUUAGGUGCUGCUGGACAAGUAAGUUAUCCUUUGGAACAUACCUGGUCUUUUUAAAUAAAGCACAUGAACUGUACGGCGAUAAUUUAUGGGCAAAGGAUGCAAUGGACGACUGGGAACAGUUCCGGAUUUGUGUCUCCUUGUUGAGUGGGUUAGACUUUGACCUUAUUGAUCAACAAAGCAAUACUAGUGACUCUAAUCGUGAAUAUAUAAAGGAGCUAGUAAACCGCUAUCAAGUCGUCCCCCUCCCUCUUCAAUAUAGUUAUGCCGCGAUAUCGGACACCUUUGUCACAAUUGCACGAAUUGGAGAUCAACAGUUGCUAGACAUGUCACUUUACGACCUAUCGAAAUUCGAUCAUUAUGAGAUGGUCAAUAUAAUACCGACCAUCAUUGAAAAACUUAUAUACAACAAACCUACGCCCCAGCAUCUCAAAAAGCCGUUGGACAACCUGUUCGCCUUCGAUUAUCGAAUUCUUGAAGAAUUGGCAUUAGAGUUAAUUCGAAAUUGUGGUCUCUACAAGGUCCCAAAUAUAAUUCUGGAGACGUUGAUCGAACGACGCGAUUCACUGCCGUUUGACCUGAAUCAAGUGUUAAUUCGAGCGAUCAAUGACAAAUUCCACUGCACGUAUAUGUACAACGGCGCCCCGGAUAACAUCGAAUCAUUGUAUCAUUAUUUUCCAGAAUUUCGAGAACAAAUACGCGAUAACCUGAUCGCCCUCUUUUCAAAUACUCAAUAUGGAGGUAUCGUGUGCAAUCGAAAUGAUGCCAGUUACUACGGAUACGGUGUGGGUUGUGUGGCCAUGGAAUUCAUUCUCAAUAAAUUUGGGCCGUAUGAUCAGGUGACUGAACUUUGCUUUGAUGCUAUUGUGCGGGAUAUUAUUGAUAAGGAUAACAAACCGAAUAAUAGAUCAUCCGAAUUUUUCACUAAAUACCUUGAAGCUGGUGUCAGAGUUCGACCUGAACAUCUAAAGAUGGUAGCAGAAAAGGGUAUGAAAGCAAAAUGGUUUCUGAAAGAACUAUUUGCGGCAUUAGACAAAUCUUUAAGAGGAGAAAAAACUAUGGAAACUCCUUGUCAUCGCGGUAGAAGCAGAGCAUCCUUGGAUCUUAGUAAAGUAGCGCCUUCAAUUGUUAAUGCCAUGAAAACUUUAUCUGAAGAAAAGCACCAACAACAGGACGAACACGAAUCAUCUUUAGAAGAUAAUAAAGCAUUAUGGCGUAAAGUUUUCGAGGAACUUCUUGAUCAAGAACGUGAAAAACCUCGAAAUGCAAAACAAUGGUCCACAAAGUCACGAUUAUAUCGAAUGCUUGAAGAAUCACAUAAGCGACACUUUCGAUGA